UCUUGUGGCGGUAUAUUGAUGUUUGGCUCAGCAUUAGGAAAUUUGAGGGUUUUGUGACAUUUCCCACUGUUUGCGAGAUGCAGCUGACCAAAAUGGCAACUGGCAUUACUCCAUCCAAACGGAAGAAGAAUGUCCCUUUAAGUUCUGUAUUGGACAUGUUGGAGAACAGUCCCUCCAAACGUCCCCGUUUAUCUGAGCCGGAUGUACCGAAAGAGAAACCCCCUGAGCAAUCCAAGCCAUCAAUGACGCCCAUUCGCAGAAGUCUGGUCUCAGCCAAGCGUGAUAAUGAUGAGGAUGAGGACAGCCCAGUGUUUGAAAUCCGCUCUUUCUACAACCCGACCAGACAUCCUUACUUGUCUCCCAUACAACGCCGAGACAAAGGCCUGGCCAGCCAGGCUUCCCCAAGGAUAAAUCUACAGCUGUCAAAAUCUGUGGUGCCAAAGAUUACUGGCGAGAAUAGCUCAGGUGUUAAAAUAAACGCAGCCAGACGUCUGAAAACAAAAAGUAAACGGAACAGAUUUCCUCUGAAAGAGCGUUCAUCUUCUAACCUCCAAAAAACAAAGGAGAAAAAUGAAAGUGUUGGUAAAGUAGCAAAGCCAUUGGUGAAAGAUGCUCUGGUUUUCCACCUCGGGAUAAAGUCUUCCUCCCCAGUUCUGGCUAAACCUGCCCAGGGUGACCCAUACGCUGUGGUGGACGAGUUUGAUCAACCAUUAACUUGGGAUGUGGAGAAAAACAGCAACAGAUUCUUCAAGGGUCGGUCUCUUCCAGACAUUGAUAAAGCUCAGAAUGAAAAGAGUACAACGCUAGUCGUCAAACAGGGCUUCAGCUGGAAAUUUGUACACCACAGAGCAGGGGACAUGCCCAGCAAGGGGAGUGCUGACAAAGGGAAAAAACUGUGGAUGUCAGCCAAGACAAGAACAACUGCUGCACAGAAGAACCUGGCUCUGAAUUCUUCCAGGAAUAGAAACAAUGAUGAUGAUGCCAUGAUGAGAAAGCUUAGAGAGGAGCUCAUGAACGAGUCCAAGAGGGACAAUGUGUUUGAAUUUGCAUCCUCCAGUGACGAGAAUUCAACUCCUGUUUCAGUAAAAGAGAACAAAGUCUCAGACAGUAUUGGGAGUGCGGCAGAACAAACUCCUGAUCUGUUUUCUCAAUCACCCAAACCACUAAUGCCAUUAAACCAAUUUGUGAAAAAGGCAAACACAUUACUCGUACCUGAUGUCAAGAACAAACAGCAAGAGGCUGUGGGAAAGGUUGAGACGGACAGUCCAUUAGUAGAUUCUGCCUGUCAUUCUGACAACACCAACUCUGCUGAUCUGUUUGAAGAUGGCAGCUCCAGUGGGCGUAAUUCCCCAUCCGUCUCAUCGGAUAUCAGUGUGUGCCUGUCUGAAUUGUCUGAAAGCACAUCAUCCUCUGGGAAAUCAGGCCCGACUCUUAGAGGAGGGUUGAAGCCCCCAUCAGAUGAUCAGAAGUACUUCCCGAUUUUCACACGCUCAUCUGCUCCCGGAAGGCCCAAAGUCACCAAGAUUUUCAAACCCUGUGAUUCACCCACCCAAAGGUCAUCUCAUUCACCUGUGAACUCUCCAGGACUGAACAAAUUGAAAAAAGGGAAAGACAACUCCGACCAACUUGUCAUAGAUGCUGGUCAGUCCAAACUUGGUGCUGCACAGUGUGAUGUUUGCUGUAUGGUUUACACAGUAGGAGAAUCAGCUGAUGAAGCCAUGCAUGCCAAAUUCCACCAGAACCUAAUCACGGCUCUCAGGUUCCCUGGCUGGAAAAAGGAGCGAGUGUUACAGGACUAUGAUGAUGAUGGCGGACGUGUGCUGAUGGUUCUGCCAGGUGAUCCUAAAUACGCCAUGAGAAAGGUUGAAGAUAUCAAUCAGAUAAUGGCUCAAGAAUUGGGAUUCUCUGAUACAAUGAUUUCAUCACAUCCUUCAUAUAAGGUAUUUCUGUACAUAUCGGAUGAGAAGAGAGUGGUGGGAUGUUGUGUGGCAGAGCCCAUUUCCCAGGGUUACCGUGUUAUCCUCGACUCGCAGCCUGGGAGUGCAUCCAGCCAGCCGGGGCAUCGACCAUGGUGUUCAGAGACUACGCCCUCCCCUGCCAUGGUGGGCAUCAGUCGCAUCUGGGUGUACAGUCAGAAGAGGCGUCAGGGCGUGGCCACAAAACUCCUGGAAUGUGUUAGGCAUUGGUUCGAGUAUGGUGUCAUCAUUAGUAAAGAUAUGAUGGCUUUCUCUGAUCCCACACCAGAUGGCCGACAGCUUGGAGCGCGGUACACUGGCAAGGAGUCCUUCCUUGUCUACAAAUACCUCGGGAACUGAGUUUCUUCAGAGCACAACUUCAGAACCAUAUCUAAAACAUGGACUGUGUCUUGCACGAUUCAUGCCCUUUCAUUGGACUGUCAAAUUCACAUUCAUUCAACUCGCAGAUAGAAACAAGUUCUACAAAUGUAGUAUGUUUUGAAUGGGUAGUGAUUAUCUCCUCUUGAUGCGAAAAACUUAUUGAUUUGAAAGCAGCCUUGUUAAUAUAAUAUAUUCAAGCAUUCAUACUAAAUUUGUUCAGCUUUUUGAUAAUACCAGAUACCAAGUGCUGUGGAUUAUCCUGUGGAGUCUUGUGGUUAUAGCCUUUAUAAUAAGAGCUCAUCUGAGCUUGAAAGUAAUCAUAAAUUAGCAUGAAGAAAAGAAAAGCUAUGAAUAAAAGCAUUUUUUCUUUUUAUUUGUUAUCUGUAUGUAACAUGUUCGUCAUACAGAAAGAAAUCAUGUCCAUGAGCUAUUACAGCAUGGCA